AUGGAAUUUUACCAGAUUAUCACGCUUACUCAAACCCCAUCAGGAGGCUGGUGGGAGGGCACUCUAGAUGGAAUCACCGGCUGGUUUCCCGCUAACCAUGUCACGCCCUCAGAGAUCAACUUUGAGUCAUCCAGCUUAGGUACUUCAAAUCUGGCACUCACCAGCGAACUUAGCGGUGGUUCUGGUCCACUGUCAGGGCAUUUUAGCUCCUCAGAACCGGGGUCUCUUACUGGAAUUGAAUCCCAAUCUCUUGGUUACAAUGGCGAAAAUAUUACAGAAUACCGUGCAAUAGUCAUCAAAGACAUUGAAGACUCUGAACAUGUUUUUAUUGGGCAGCUACAAGAUGCAAUUAACUUGUAUUUGAAACCAAUGUACCAGUAUAAAAUGAAAGAAAUCUGCAGCUUUUUCGUAUCACACCCACAUCAAGUGACAAACACAGCUUUCCCGCCUUCACCCUCUAUAACUGCAGCAACAAAUACGCCCAAUGUUCUAAUUACCAGCUCACUAAGCGUUUCCUUUCGUCGCCUCGACAAGUACCCAGCUUUGCUUCAAGAACUUCAGCGCUACACCGAGGAGAGCCAUGUUGAUAGAGGAGACACUCAACGAGCAGGUUUUCUUUACCGAGAAAUUGCUAUGUCUUGCUUAGAGUUAAGACGGCGAAAAGAAAUGGAGCUUGAAGUGAUGUUGGGCAAUAUUCGCAACUUUGAUGGAUUAAAAGUGGAGACAUACGGCAACAUUCAGCGAAUGGAGCCAGUGUCAAUUUUAAUUUUGCCACCUUGGUCUGAACCAAAGAAAGACUGCUACCUUGUGCUUUUUGCUAAAGUGCUUAUGGUCCUGUCAGUUGGUAAAGAGCUUACUUCAUUUAGCUAUGAGUCAAUGCUCCAACUCGAACGAGCAAGGAUGCCGGUCAUCAACUUUGCCGAAAAACAAGGAGAUAGCUAUGCACGAUUGGAGAUUCAAGGAAAUAGUGCUCACCCACUAUCGGACGCUGAACUAGUGCUCACGUAUAUGGUCCAGUUUAGUGAUGAAGAGGUGUGCAAGGAUUGGUAUCAACAGUUGCAGAAACAGAUUCGCCUAGUGAGUGCCGCUUCGAUGCCUGAUCUAAUUGGAACGGGAAAUGCCAUCAAUGGUUCAUCGAGUUCAUCUAGUCUGACGACCACUUCACCGCCGUCCGGUUCUUCUAGUUCAAGUAUCUCCUCGCCGCAGUCAAGCUCUUCCGUAUCCUCUGUACCACCGAUCAUUGGCAAGCCUCCUGUUGGUCUUGGAAAGCCUCCCCAUCCGCCAACUACGCCACCACCACCGCCACCCGUCCCACCUCUUCCACAGCAUCGACCGUUUAUUCCUUCUCGACAGGUUUUACUGCAAAACGCAUCAACUGCGAUGCUGCCGAGACGAGGCAGUUACUGGUCGGAUAAAAUUCUCACUGCACACGCGCCCCAUCGUCCAGAGUCAGGCUCUGGUUCGCAAAAUUCAGGAUCACUUGAUCCAAAUGAGGAUAUUCAACUACUCAAUGUUAUUGAUGCUUACUAUCGUAAGAUACCUGGCGUUGGAAAGGACCUGGGUGGCGGAAAGACAAGGAAACUUAGCAAUUCAACCACUGUGGAAGGCCUCGCCGGUCUGGGCGCAGUGGGCAUGUCUCACCAGUACCAGCAAGUGCGACUAAAGUCGAAAAUUAAGUUCUGUGGUUAUCUCGAGCAUCCUGAGUUUAAAAAGCGAGAUAUUCGCUACAAGACUUCAACAAGACACGACCCGAAGCGGAUGAACUGGCACGACUAUCAGGAACGUCGUUGGAAGUCAGUUCACUGGAACAAACCGUAUCCAUUGUGGCAAGCAAAAAUGGAUUACGCCGAGAAUCUGGUCCGCCUUGGAAUGCCUGCUUGGACUAUUCAGAAUAUUACCGGGCUCCAUCCUCACUGCAUAGAUUAUCUGGAGCGGAAGGUUUCUGGCAACGUGGUACUCCUUCGAGAGGCUCACUACUCCAACUAUGUCAAUCACACUUCUGGCUCACGGUGA